CAAAGCCACCAGAACAACAUCCACCUCCAACAUAAACAAGCAAAUAAGGUAGUUGCUAUCAUACACCCAAGGCAAACAAUAAGACAGGACAAUGGAGUUACCGGCAUCAGAAUCAGCCUCCUUGGUGUUAGCACUAACUGCACCUUCUUUGUUGUGGCUGUUUCUACGGUUUGCAGAGAGCUUAUGGCGGCAGCACAAAGCGUUGAAGCAUCACUUGAAGAAUGCUUUGUUCUCCACUGACUCCAACAAUAAGACGAGCAACAGUAGCAGUAAGGCAUUUGCAAUCCAUGUCCUGACGGGACUUCCUCUCGUGUUGACGGCGCCCUAUCUGGCUUACCUGAUGGUUCCAGGAGUACUGAUGGAUAAUGUUGACAACGGAAGCGCUGUGAAUGGCUUUGCCGUUGGUUUUUUAAAGUUUCUGUCGACCGCCUUGAUCGUUGUCAACUCCACCGUUGUCUUUUGGAUUGUCCCUCAUCCCAGUCGCUACCAGUCUUACGGGGUGGACCAACGGGCAUUUGUCCGAGGAUUGGCCAUUAUGUAUGUCGCGGGUCUCCAGUUUACGGCCAUGCCCUUGUCCUGUCUCAUAUUCUUGGCACGCAAUACUACCAACAAUGACAUGGUAGAUGCCGCAGUGCCCCUGGUGGCGGCCAUUAUGACGCCCCUCCUCUAUUGGUGGACGGUCCUCAUUUGUGCCUCGGAACUAUACUCGUCUCAGUUUCAAUGGGAACAUCAAUUUUGGGCCCGUCCCAUCUUGACACACUGUAUGGGCCACGGCUUGAAACAAAAAUCCAAAUUGACAGCCGCCUUUAUCAAUGCCGACACUCCCAAGAAACGAGCGGCACAAGUCGUCAUGUUUUGCAUUUUUGGAGCCGUCGGGGUACUCGCCAGUGUACAAGCCGUAGGAUUCUUGACAGAAACCGUGGCAGGAGUGGCAACCCAGCGGACUACGAUUGGCCGGGCACAAGAACUCUAUUUUGUCGUCUUGUCUCUCUACUUGACGCUCAUCAUGUCGGCAGGAUUCUUUACCAUGUCACAAUCGAUUUUCGAUGCGGAUCUUAGUGCUGCCGCCGCAAGCAGCAAACAACAAGAGGACAAGCAGAAGAAAAACGACGAUUACAAUGAAACGACAGCAACACAAAAAGUCAGCAGCGAGCCACUUCUUACAAUGGGGGAAGUCAAGGUCCUCGUAGAAACCUUGUUGACACAAGCACUGCCAGUGGCUCUCCUGGUGGUCGGACCCGAAUGGGUGGGAAUGACUUCCUUUGCGGAUUUUGUGGGACCCUUUUUGCUCUGGAACCCAUGUGUCGUUGCAGCAGCGAGUACUAGUAACUAACUAACUUGGCUUAUACGGUAUCAUCACUCCAAUAUUGAUGCAAUCGAUCUAGAUUCAUUGACACUUACUUGACAGCAGGUUCACGUAUCAUAAGAUGUUUUAGCUCCAAGGAAGA